AUAUAAAAGCUGUUAGCAGCUCCUGUAGCCAGCCGCUAGAAAGCUUGCAAAGUUUCUCUCUCCCUCUCCCUCUCUUUCUCUUUGAGGGUUUGUAAUAAGACACACACUUCUUUCCAAGGGUUCACACUAGAGCACAGACAAGAGCUGUUUAACUUGGAAGGACAAUACACUAGGCUUUUUGGUUCUGCAAAGAGGUAAGCCAUUGAGCUCUGUCAGUUUGCUUUGCAUGCACUUUUUUAUUAAUGCACAUCCUAUUUUGCUGGACUCAGUUAUUAGCCGUACGAGUGAGAUACUGUGUUUCCAUGUCUUCUCAGGUUUCUUGCCUAUCGCUUUGCUGUUGAAUAUUUAUUGCGGGUGUAGGGUGGGGGGAAUGAGUGCAAAAGCACAUUCCUAAUCACCAGGAUGGAUGGAGCUUUCAUUGUCAGGCUAUUAGAUGCUCUAUGCAGUAGUCAGAUGGCCAGUAAUAAAUCCUGUUGUAUGUUAUAGGGCAAUGUGUGUAUAUGGUUGCUAGGCAACUUGAGACAAAGCAAGGUAUUAUUUGACUCUCUGGAAACAUUAUAGUUUGAGUUACCUUAUGUAGAUGACUAAACAGUUGAAGAGCUAGGUAAAAAUACUAUAAAUGAAUAAACUCAAGGUUGGGGAAAACUCAUCUGAAAGAGAAAGAUAUUCACACUCACCCCAGUCACAUUAUUUAACCAUUUUCCCUUCACAGAUCUUCUGCUUACCAUUGUGAGUUGAAGUAAAUCUUUGCUCCCCACCCCACCACCAGGGCCCAAAAUGACAGUAAUUUCUGCCAUCAGUGGUACCCUCUUGAUUUCCAUUCUCUGUGAAACAAGUGCAAUAGAGUCACACAACUCCACUGAGCUGUUCUUGUCAGCCAAUAAUUACACGGACGCUGGAGCGGCCUUGAACAUUCCUCCGGAUUCUGCAAGCCCUCCCAAAACCAGGAGGAAACGAUAUAUUUCACAGAAUGACAUGAUUGCCAUUCUGGAUUAUCACAACCAAGUCAGAGGCAAAGUCUUCCCACCAGCAUCUAACAUGGAAUAUAUGGUAAGUGGACGUUCAUUUACUUCCCUACCCACUCCUGAACUUUAGAAAGUAUAAAGCUGAUGUUUCAUGCUACUAAGCCAAAGUGGCGCCAAACCGGAUGUUGUUGGACUCCAACUCCCAUCAGCCCCAGGCAGCAUGGCCACUGUCCAGGAAUGAAGGGAGUGGUAGUCCAACAAUGACUGGAAGGCAGUGCAUUGGCUACCCUUAAUAUUACACUAUGUCAUUUCUUCCCCUCUCCUUUUCCACCCUCUUUUAAAUUAGACCAGUAGCUUUUGAAACCUCUCUAGAGCUUUGAAUGAACAGAAUAACCCAGGCCACUUAUGACACAGAAAUUUGGGAUAGGGUAUAAUAGUGGCUGCCAUGCAUCAGUUGUGCAUUUUCUGAAUGUCAGUAACCUCUUGCAUUAAUGCUGUAUUGUUUGUAUCACUGCAAGGUGCAAUACACACUGAUGGUGCUUUCUCUAUGAAAUACACAGAAACAAUCAGAAGCAGGGGUGGAGGAGCUUUUCAAUCUUCUUUGCAAUGGUUUAUCUGAAUGUAGGGUUCCUACUAUACCUAAAAUAACAGAAUGACCUCCAGAUGUUGUUGAAUUCCAGUAGUCAUCAUCUCUAACCAGCAUGGCAAAAUGGUCAGGGAAUGAGGGAAUUUGAAUGAGGAUUUGGGACGACUUGCUCAUAUUAAUUUACAGCACUUCACCCAUAGUUUAGUAUCCAUGCUUUAAUGCUCCCAUGGUUUUUAAGGGUUAAACAUAACCCUAAAAACCAUGGCACUAUUAAAGCAUGGAUAUUUUUUAACACUCCGGUUAUCAUGAUAUGUUUGUGUGAUACUUGGUUUCUGCUUUUGAGAGAGAGAAAGCCAGGAAUAGAAGGAAGUAUGUUAACAUUGCUAUGGGACAUAUUAACAUUGCAGACUUGAACUACGUGAACUGCCAUUCCCUCUUUCCAGGAAAUCAUGGUGCUUGUGGUUCUGUGAGGGAUAUUACUGAUCUGUAAAAGAGAAUUCUCAUCCUGUUCUGCAAACUACAGUCUCCAAGAUUCAUUUUUUUUUUUUUUUAAGGGAGGGAGGGAAAAGUCAUGGCAGUUACCUAAUGUGAAGCCAAUAAAAGUUUGUAGUGGAUUGGCUUAGGUUCAGUUCUCCCCCACUGUACCUGACAAUGUAGGCUAUUGUUCAGGAAAGCUCAUUGUGCAUUUAGUAAGUGCAACUGUGCCACAGCACUUUUGAGUUCUCUUCACCUUGGUUAUCUCCUGAUACAGGGACAGCUCUCCAGAUGUUUAAGAUGACAACCCCAUCAGCCCAAGUCAGCAUGGCCAAUGGUCAGGGAUGACAGAGGCUGUAGUCUAAUAACAUCUGGAAGGUCACAAGUUUCCUAUCUCUGCCUUAAGCAGAGGUGUAGGAAGGGGGAGUGGAAGGGGCGGGUCGCCCUGGGUGCCACUCUGGGAGGGGUGACAAGAUGGCCGUCCAUAUGCGUGCCGUCCGUAUGGGCUGCCUCUCGCAUGGCGACUGUACGGGCUGCUGCAUGUGCUCAGUCCAUAUGGGAUGCCGCUCAAGCGGCAGCCCAUAUGGCUGCCACACGUGAGUGGCAGCCUGUACGGACUGCGCAUGUGUGGCAUUCCGUACUGAGUGUUCAUGCGUGGGAUGCCACAGAUGUGCAGUCCAUACGGGCUGCGCCGCUCCAGGUGCCGGAGAGAGUUCUUCCACCACUGACCUUAAGGACUAAUAAUAUAAACAGAUAUAAUAGACCCAGGACGAAAACAGAGAGAGGGAUAGAAGGGAUCAGGGAAGAACAACUUUAAAUUGGAAUUCAGCACAAAACCGCCUAGAACGGACCAUCCUCAGCUUAUCUAGGAGUUGGGAUAUAGAUCAUAGAUUUCCUGCCACCUUCUCCUACUGCCUUGUCCCCCACAAAAGGCAGUUAAUGUUGCAUGGUCAUUUUGCACAUGGCACCGUUUCCUUGUGGUUGAAUCUCAUACUGCAGCAGUAACAUCUAAAAUCUAUUAAUUAUAUGGGAUGGUGGAUUGCCUGGUACUUUACCACUCCCAUACAAGCUGCCCUUUUGCCUCACAUGCCCCAUCCAACCCACAUGCUCACCAGAUAUUUUUUUUCUUUAGCUUUUAUAUUAGAAGAGCAUCAAAUAUGCAACAAAGUAAACAAGAAUAGAAUGACUUUCUUUGGCUGAAAUCCCUCCUUCCUGCCUCAUCACUAAAAUAACCACCCCAUUCCCAGAAAAUAUAAAUUCCAUAUACAGUGUUGUACAUCCAGGUCAUUCAUCUUCUUUCUACAACAUCACAAGAGACAUCAGGGGAAAAUAUGUAAAACACACAAACACAUGAAAACGGGGAUCAGAAAGAGCAGGAGAUAAUCCCAGUGACUGAGCAAACAUGCCAGUAGCCCAAGUGUUUAGUCAAUGCAUUCUAAGGAUGGAUUCCUGAUUCCUUCCCCUCCCCCAAUGUUUGCAAAGCUUGCUGUCUUGUAUAAGCAGUCUGUGUCUUGGAAGCCAAUUUUACCAUUUCCGCCAUUCAGGUUUGGAUUACCUUUGCUGUCGAAGCUUUUCAUACCAGACAUUUGGCAAUAAGUGCAGCACGCUGGAACCAAGCUUGCUGAGAGCCAGGAAAUGCCCAUGUUCUUGGAAUGCAGCCAAUCAUUAGGUUUGUGGAUUCUAAGGGACCAGAAUACCUUGUGGUAUUGACCAAAAAAAUUUCAGGACCCAACAGAAUCAUCAGCUGAGUGAGAUGGACCCAACCUUAACUGUAUUCCCCACAAUGUAAACUAGAAGAAAAAUCUUGCUUAACAAGAGUCAUGGGGCGAACCAGUUGAUAUGCAAGGAAAUGGUUGGUUGAAUCAGUCUUGUAAAUCUAGCAGUUCCCAUAGUUCUCUCUACGCAUGAAACCUUGCAAAUAUAUAAUUGCACAACCAGAUUUAGAGCUCUGUUGCAUAUUAAAGAAUCUAGAUUUGCUCUUCCUCCCUCAUUAAGUUAUAAUAUUGGGAUGGGGGGGGGGAAGUCAGACAAUAACCCAAUGUUCAAGGAAAGUGGGAAGGUGUUGAGCGGAUGUGCAGCAGCCCUGCUCCUCUUUGGCUGCCAUCAUUGCAGGGAGUCCUGGCAUGUGCUGUCUGUGUAGUAAACUAAAUGUACAAAUACCUUUCUCACUCACUCUGAAUGCACAGAUGUAGGGGUGAGCUAGCUCUUGUGUCCCAGUGACUCAUCUCUAGCAUUCCUUGAACUUGUUGAGAGGUUGUAUGGUAAAAGGUAAAGGUAAAGGUCCAGUCAAUUCGACUGUGGGCUAUGGCUCUCAUUGCUGCUUACAGGCCGAGGGAGCCAGCGUUUGUCCACAGACAGCUUUCUGGGUCAUGUGGCCAGCAUGACUAAACCGCUUCUGGCACAACAGGACACCGUGAUGGAAGCCAGAGCAUUUGGAAACUCUGUUAAGCUUCCUGCCACAGCAGUACCUAUUUAUCUAUUCAAGUUGGUAUGCUUUCAAACUGCUAGGUUAGCAGAAGCUGGGACAGAGCAACAGGGGCUCACCCCAUCAUGAUCUAGCUCUCCAAAAUUUCAGACAGAAGUCUUUCCCAGUCCCACUUGGAGAUGCUGGGCCUUCUUCAUGCAUCUGUUCUGCUGCUGAGCUACAGCUUAGUGAAGCACUUUUGAGGGUACUUCCCUGUGUGUCUUCAUUAUUCCUACUUGAUGCACAAAACUUGUAGCUGACAAGAUUCUUAUUUGAUCUUACAGGUGGUUAUGAGGUAUGGUGAAAGAGUUAACUUCCAAGAUAUGUUGCAGUCAUGUUAUUUAGGAUUUAAUAGUUUAUGACCAGCAUCUUAAGUUGUCCCUGGAAUGCUUCAGGAAGCCAAUGCACACUCUGGAGCACCUGCCAGUAAUGUGAUCCUGCCAUUCUAGCCCCCUGGAGAUGAAUUACUAUGUACUACAGCAGCUCUACAUAUAAAAUUUCAUUUCUUUGCAGCUUUCAGUGAAUGCAUUUUAAUGUAACAAAUAGGCUGGCUCAGCAGAAAUUCUGUUACCUACUGAGUAAAGAAUUCACAUAGUUCUGAAAGGGCUAUUGUUUUAUUAUACAAGAAUAAUGUUCAUCUUAAAGUCACAGGAGCAUCUUAGAUGGCCACGUAUUGCUAACGACUUAUCAGCAAUAUUGACUUAUUUUGAGUAGAAAAUUCAAAGGAAGGAAGGAAGGAAGGAAGGAAGGAAGGAAGGGCAUAAUUCAAACUUAAUUUUAAUAGGUGAACCUUUUUAGGAAUAAUUAACAUAUAUAAUAUCAACGGAGGUUUUUUUUUAACUAUAUAUAAUAAAUAAGUAAAAACAACAACAACAAGCAAAUCUUCCCUUCAGGACUAGGAGGUGGUGCUCCAGUGUCAAGUUGUCUUACUCAUGCUCCCCCAUCUGAGUUUUGGAACUGUGCAGUGACAAGAAAAUCACUUCAAAAGCAACAGUACUUUUCACUGCAGAGUUCAGGAAAUUAAUCAAGAUAAACUGUGGAAAUGAAAAGGGGGGAGCCCAGAACUAUAACAAUGGAUAUUUAUUUAAUCAAUUUUGGAGAGAAAAUCUAAGUUACUUGUUCUACUGCUACAAUUUCUUUUCAGUCUCCAGUUUAAGAUCCAUAGGAUUCAGCAUCUCUAUAGGAAACUAUAGUUUCCUAACUACAUUGCAACACUCAUUAUUUGAAUCUUGUCCACUAUUGUAGAGAGCUUCGCUGUCUAUCUUUCACAUCAUGGUGGUCAAUAGUGGGGAAGGGGGAAUUCACUAUGUGGUGGUCAAUUUUCAUCUGGUGAAAGUUCUACUAAACAAUAAGGGAAGGAGAGUGGCAAAUGCAUCACAUAAAAAGAGCCUGCAGAAUCAGGCCAAUGGCCCAUCUAGUCCAAGAUUCUGUACUCACAGUGUCCAAGCAGAUGCCUGUAAGAAAUUGGCAAACAGGACUCAAGCACUAGAGCAUUCAUUUCUCCUGUGGCUUCCAGCAACUUAAGUACACAGAGGUCUUAAGAAGACACUAAAAAUGGCAGACCAAUUAGGGGAACAAUAGCAUGUCCUCAGUAUGCAAUUAUUAUUGGUGUCUAGUACCAUCAGCUACAAUAAUUCUGCAGAGGAGUCUGCCCCUUUUGGGAUUUCUACCUUGCUGGACUCAAUGCCCUCUUUGAUGUACAGAGCGACACCACCAGGUUUCCAUUUUGCUCACUAUAUCAAUACUAUCCUCUAACUCUUUCUCCUAGGGAAAGAGUUCCAUAAGCUUGGCACCACCAAAGAGAAGGCACCAACACAUGCAAUUAUUAACCUAGCUCCCAAACACUUUAGUUGAAAUGGUAUAUAUUUUGUAUCUCCAAACACACACUAUCCUUCUUGGCAUAAAUUCAUACUGCACAAUCCUACCUAUGUCUAGAAGUAUGCAAUGGGAUUUACUUCCAGGUAAGUGUGUCUAGAAAGUGCAGCCUGAAUGAGCCUUUAAUUUGAUUAUAAACUAUCCAUGUUUCACUGAAAGGUAGUCAUUGCAAGUGACACUGGAUCCCCUAGCAUAUUUUGAAGCUCAAAUAGCAAAUGUCACAUGCAGUAGUUAGGAACACAUUGUUCGUGCCUACAAAUGUGCUGCGCUGAAAGGUCACAAAAUGGGUUUGUAUUCCAAGGCCACUGGAAAAGGAAAAGGACAAGCCUUCAGAAAACCACAACUGCAUGUUUGUGUCAGUUCAGUCUUAGGGACAUAGGAAACUGCCUUGCAUUAGAUCAGACUGGAUGCUCAUCUAGCCCAAUAUUGUCCACAGUGACUGACAGCUGGUCUCUAGAUCUCAGGCAGAGGUCUCUCACAUCACCUAGUAUCUGAUUCUUUUCACAGGAGAACCUGAGACCUGGGCCCUGCUGAAUACAGAGUAUGUGCUUUACUGCUUGGGGCUCACCCACACUUCCGCUUGGGUCUGAGCAGUUCUCUGCUUGUCUCAUGCUUCCUAGCCAUGAGUCCAAGUGGUUUUGCCUUUGCCCACUGCUUUCCCCUGGAAGACCCACUCUUUAGUGCUGAAUCCAUUGAAAACCCAAUUGACAUUUGUUCCAGUUGUGUGCUAAACUGUGGUUUUUCCCAAGGUGGGGGGAGUGUGGUGGGGCAAAUGGAAGUGUGGACAAGUCCUUAGAUAAAUAACCUUCCCAGCUCAAGUUAUGAUCUUGCAUUCAGUUAUGGUUGCAUAAAAGACCCUCUGAAUUGUUACGAACUAAAAAUGCACACUAAAUCACAGGCGUAGGUUCACUCCACUGAAUAUCCUUAGAACCUUGCAAUAUUGUUUUGUACACAACAGUAGGUGGCAAAGGGCUGGGAGCUGAAUCUUGCCCUACCUCCAAGUUCCUUUGAUAGCAGAUAAGUAGACUUGGGCACAAGGAGUCUUGUGACAUGUUUGAAUACUGUACCAAUUUACUGUUAGUCACUCAAAGCUACUCUAAGAAGUUGUGUUGAUGCAGAACCUGGUGGUUCUACUGCCUCAUCUAACUUUCAAUAAUGUGUACUGUAGCAUAUAGAGGACAAGAUGUUUUGUGGCACCAGCACUCAGAGUUGUUCAGGAGCAAGGUCAGAGAGAGAUGGGGAAAUGGAGCUACAAUUUAUAUAACUUAGACAAUGGCUCUGUGGACUUACACUGCCAGCCAAAUAUGGAAGAGACUGCAAUUUUGAAUAAUGUAUGGAAAUGUUAGGUCCAAAGACAUUGCUUAAGUAAUGUCUGAAGAGCUUGCAUUCAUCAAGGAGCCAACUACUACCUAGGUAGCAUAUGCAGAGCGCAAGUAGCAGGUGGUUUGGGCUCUACAGCACCCAGGAGAGCUCCCAGAUGGCACUUCAGGAAGGCAGUUGUUGACCCGCUAGAGUGCAAUGCUCUUUUGAGCCUUUAUAUUCAAACAAGGCCUGAAAACUGUCAGAGUGCUGCUUCUCAGUUACAGAAUUUCUAGGAACAACUUGCUGGCCUAUGUUGACAUUGAAUGGUCUUGGACUGUGAACUAUGCCCAGCUAAUCAGAUACACAAUAGACAGUUCAAAAUAUCAGCCAUGCAAUAAAAGUAAUCCCACUGAAGAUUAACCUCAGUAACCCCCAUACUAUGUUGACUCAACCUUCAAACUACAGAGAAGGUGACCUUCCCAUUUUUCCCCAUUAACAAAAACAUAUUUAAUGAGUGAGGAAGCUCUUACAUAAACAAAUCUGCUGUCAAUCACCCUGCAGUUACUUUGUAAGUUAAUUAUUGUGCUAAGGAAAAUGAUGGGACAGGGGGAAAAGAAAAGAAAAGAUGUGUGAGUGAAGAAGACAUUGCUCAGUCAAAGAUUUCAAAUAUUUUCACUGCAGUGAUGCCCACUGCCAAAGUUAAAAGUUACUGUUCAACUUAAAAAGAGGCUUAUCUCUUCAGCAGAGGGAAACUGCUGUGUCUGGCAGAGGAAGUGGAUUUCUUGAAGGGAAAUCUCUUGUGCAUUCAUGCCUCUUCUUUAGAUCCCAACCCAGGAACCAACUGGGUAAAAUCCCUGUCUCAGAGCUGGUUUCAGUAGCUCAUUUCUAUAUUUGAGAUUUGAAAACACAUGCAGGGCAGAAGCCAGGAACUAAUUGAAAGCAUACGUCUUCAAAGCUUUAGAAUACCAGAGGCAAAUAUUAUAAACGUGUCUAAUAAAGAUCCUGGGACUUUCUCUGCAGGCCACUGCUUUUUACCGACAUGUGACCAUUCUGACAUUAUAAAGUCACAGCUCUUGCCUUUGGCUUUUGGUGGGAUAAAUCUUUGCUUACAUUUCCAACAUGCGAGAAAGGAAAUGCAACAUCAGAAGCCGCCGUCGGUGUGCAAUGUCAGCCAAGAAACAUUAACAAGGUCAUAGUCAUGUUCUUAUCAUUGCUUUGCCUUGAUUUUGGCCAGACUGUCAAAGUGAAUGUUUCCAAAACUGAACCUUGACUGCGAUAUACAUGGAUACAUUAAGAGCACAUAAUGUCUUUAACAUCACAAGAUAUGCAUCUGUUUAAAUGCAUUGCUAUGUUUUUGAAAAUUGGCCAGGUCCCUAUGAAGUUUUUAAUGGCGUAUUAAAAUCUGAGAACGUGUAAAAAGCUGUAGAUUUUUCAACUGACUUCCCUUCCCAGUCCCCCCAAAUGAUAUAAUCCACAUGGUGGCUUUUUUGUAGCAACCGGCUGCAGACUGAACUAAAAUUCUUAUUGGAAAUGUUUUAAAAAAAUCAAGCCAGGAAAUGUGUUAACAAUGAAAGAUCACAGAGCAGUUUUAACAAAUAGACAUUGGAAAGGAUCGCCUUUUAGUACAAAGCGCUUCCUGAAUUAUUAAAAAAGAAAGGAAGAAAAAAGAAAGGAAGGAAGCAAGGAAGGAAUGGCCUAGUUUGAAUAGCUAUGGCAUGAGUGCUUCACUCCAGUUCUCCUGAAAGUGGUCUGAUUGGAGGAAUAUGUACCAUAUGCAAAUUUAAUAUUUGUGGAAAGUCUUUUAAAAGAUCAGUCAUCCCAAAAUAAAUGCAGCCAGAUCCCUUGUGAAAGGCAGACAUCAGAAUUAGGCGUAUAUUAAUGAUUUAGUACAAUUACUAUCUGACUCUUGCCUCAGCUCUGAAUGUAGAAAGAUCCAAUCACAUGAGAUUCUAUAUUUUACAUAUCAAGGAGUUCAGGACUGUGCUCCAAAACAUAUGGAAACUAUUCCCCUUGACAUCAUUAAUUCACUUCCAUAUCUGAAACAAAACAAAGGAAUAUUGUGGGUUUUCAGCUAUUUAAGUUAACAACAGAAUAUUCAGUGAUGUCACAGGAUAAAAAUUGCAUCCAAAGAAUAUAAUUCCUAGAAAUGCUGGGAGACUAAUAGUGGAAUAUAGAAUUAGGAUUUGCAUGAUGAGUUUGGCAAGCACUAAAAUCAAUCUGUAAGACUUUGCAAGAGGUUUAUUCUGCUGAUGAAAUAACAGAGGUUUUGUUUAAUUCAACACAAGCAAGGGAAAUUUUCAGAAGAACUCCAUAGAGCAUGGCCAAUACAGUGCCUUGAAUUCUGACAGGUAGAACAUGACAGGUUUCUAUCCAGGUCUAUGUGCCAUCAUGCACAGACCACUGCCUCGUGGUCUUAGUUCUCACUAUGUGAAAUGGAAACAGCAGUAGUCAAGCACACAGGAUUAGAAGUAAGCACUGUGCAUGUUUUGAUAAUAAAAGUUAAGUAUUUUAAAUUAGGGGACAGGGCUUCCAGAUCAGCUUCAUCCCUAACUUGGUACUGUACAAAUGCCACUGAAUUUAGUUUGAAAAAGAAGCCUAAAGCUACCAGUUUGGGAUAGUGAAAUGUUCAUAUUUGACUUCCAAUAAUUCCAUUAUUUUGUAUGGAUAAUGGAAAAUAUUUGUAAAGAAGCAGCCUUUCACUGUUUCUAUCUAUGUGUUCACACACACACACACACACACACACACACACACACACACACAAUGGCCAGUGUUUAACAGCAAUCUGCAAAUGGUCUUGGAAAUACACAAUAUAGUUUCAUAUAUGACAUUGUUUCCCCCCUGUGCUUACCUGUGAGCCCCUAUAGCUAUUGGCUGAAGUGCUGUGAUGUCCUAGAAUGGUAAGAAACAAACAUUCUACAUGUUGAAAGGAAUGACUCCAUUUUGGAAGGUUGGCAAACAGUUCAAGGUCUAUUAAAUAUUAUUUUGGGAUUGGGAAACUAUGGGCUGCAUCCAGCUAAAUUUUACUUGGAGUAGAUGCAUUGAAAUUAAUGGACCUGUGUUAGUCCUGUCUAUUGAUUUCAGGAGGUCUGCUCUAGAUACAACAUAUUACUUAUAUUCAGCCAGAUCUGUUGACCCACACUUCCUACCAAUAAUUGGAUGGAGUGUGAAAUAGGACUAGAAUUAGAUGUCUGAGAAUAGUUUAUUAAGGGGAGGGGAUUUCUCACAAGUGUAGCAACCUCUUGCUGCAUGCAUACAUUUUUAUAAGUCCAGAAGUGAGGUGGUGUAUGGGAUUUUAUUCCUGCUGCACAUCAAGACAAUUUAUGCAUGGCAACCUCAGUGGAUGGAUACCAUUGACUUGAAAUAUUGAACCAAACCUUUGUUUAUAGUUCUUUAAUAGAUUACAUAGUUACUAAUCUAAAACACACACACACAAUUGCUCAUAGAAAAGUGCCAAUUGCUAGCUGAUCACAGUAUUAAUUCAUUUCUAUUAGUAUAUGGACUUUCCAAUAGACUACAAAUGCAAGAAUGAUUUCUUUGCAAAGGGACAGCUCAGAAUCCAGGUGAUCUCAUAGCUGAAAUAAAUACAUAAUGCCAGCCAAAUCUGUCUGUAUAAAUUCCAAUGAGCUCAUGUGUUUUCAUCACUUAGUAUGCACUGAAAAGGAGAGGAGAGGCAUUUUCCAGUCAUGGGUAAAAAGCAGGCAGAUAGAGAAGUGGUUUCCUCUAUAUUAAAUACUUGGCCAUAUAUGGUGAUUGCUACAUAGGUUGCAUGUGUCCAUUGAACUGCUUAAAGAAACAAAGGUCCAUAAUACAAAUGGCCAAGAAAACAUCUCUUUCUACCUGCAUCACAUAGCAGACUGUGGUUGGUUGGUGGUGUUAGAGCCAACUUCAGCUGCAAAACAUCUUGUACCCUAUUUGUUUUCCCAAAGCUGUGGUAGUCUCGUAAUCUGGGGAACCGGGUUCGCGUCUCCGCUCCUCCACAUGCAGCUGCUGGGUGACCUUGGGCCAGUCACACUUCUUUGAAGUCUCUCAGCCCCACUCACCCCACAGAGUGUUUGUUGUGGGGGAGGAAGGGAAAGGAGAAUGUUAGCCGCUUUGAGACUCCUGAAGGGGAGUGAAAGGCAGGAUAUCAAAUCCAAACUCUUCUUCUUCUUCUUCUUCUUCUUCUUCUUCUUCUUCUUCUUCUUCUUCUUCUUCUUGUCCACUGUUCAUGUCAAGAAUCUUUGGAUCCACCUACAAAGGCUGAUACAACAAUCUCUCUUUAGUGUAGUGAAAUACUCUCCUUUAAAGUUGUCGCUGCCUGGAUCUCCCACUGUGUUCUUCUCUUCCUAAAAGCAGCUGUAGGCGAGGGGUUUUAGAUCAGGUCAUAAUGUAAAUGGGGUGUGGUUAACCCUUUUCCUUGUGCUAAUUGAUGCAAAAUCCCUCCUCUCUGAGCUGCUUAAGCAAGAAAGGUGUCUGUAUUGUGCUCUAUUCCUACCCACCCCUUUUCUGGAGCCAACAGCAAUUUCAGAGAGUUGUUUUGCAUCAUGGAAUCCAUGCUGGAGAAAGAGUUAAAAAAUCCCUUCUGGCUUGCCACAGAGCUCAAUCCAAAUCUUCCUGCCAUGAUAUAUGGCAUGUGGGAGAUCUGAUCACAGAACCCUUGCAACAUGUGUAGUUUGACCCUAAGUUAAACACUAUUCAAACACUAUUCAUUUAAAGCACUUUGAUACUACUUUCAACAGUCAUGGCUUCCCCCCAAGAAUUCUGGGAGCUCUAUUUUGUUAAAGGUACUGAGAGUUGUGAGGAGACCCUUACCCCCCUCACAAAGCUACAAGUCUCAGAAUAGCUCUGCCAAAUGGAUCACUGUGCGGUGAAAACAUUUCCCAAGCACCCCAGAAAUGACUGCAUAUUUGGAUCUGAUUAUUCAUGUUAUGUCAAGUGGGAAGGGCAUUCCAGAGAUUACAUCAGGUUUAUUCACACCCAAUAGCGUCCGUAUACUUUUUUUUAAACAGAGGGACAUGAUUUAUGCCUAUGCAGUCAAGUGCCUUGGAAUUGGUUUCCUUGACUGAAAUGAAAAACCUGUCUGUGUGCGCGCGCGAGCAUGUGUGUGACGGGAUGUGCUCAGAAUCCUCCGCGCCACAACACAUAGGAUUGUAAGCUUGCCCAGCAAAUAAACGUGAUGAUUCCCCUUCAGAUCUCCCCCCCCCAUGCACCAAUGUCAUGGAUAAAGCUGGCAGGGGCAGAGAUGCUGGGAGCAGGUGUACUGCACACAGCCCCAUAGCUCCCUUCAUAUAUUGAGUUUCCAGUACGUUUCCGAGCACAAUUCAAAGUGUUGGUGCUGACCUUUAAAGCCCUAAACGGCCUUGGUCUAGUAUACCUCAAGGAGCGUCUCCACCCCCAUCGUUCUGCCCGGACACUGAGGUCCAGCGCCGAGGGUCUUCUGGUGGUUCCCUUGCUGAGAGAAGCCAAGUUACAGGGAACCAGGCAGAGGGUCUUCUCGGUAGUGGUGCCCGCCCUGUGGAACGCCCUCCCACCAGAUGUCAAGGAAAUAAGCAGCUAUCCUCUUUUUAAAAGACAUCUGAAGGCAGCCCUGUUUAGGGAAGCUUUUAAUGUUUAACAGACCAUUGUAUUUUAAUAUUUUGUUGGAAGCUGCCCAGAGUGCCUGGGGAAACCCAGUCAGAUGGGUGGGGAAUGAAUAAAUGAAUAAAUAAAUAAAUAAAUAAAUAAAUAAUUAGAACUGCAUAGGCAAAUGCCUAAAAAAGCUUAUACAUGCAUAGAAUUAAGCCUCAGGGGCCUGCCAGACAUCAUUUUUAUUGUGCAUUCAUGACGAUUUGUGCUCAUGAUGCUAUUGAGGCAGUCUCUUGUGAUCCCAUGUCCAAGACUAUUUGCACUUGGGUGGUCAUACUGCUUCUAAGCAAUGUAUACCCUGUAACUUUCUGCUGAAGUCCUGUAACUUUUUUAUCACAAAUGUUCAGGUUUGGGGUUUUUGUCACACUUUUGUUGUGCCAGAGCACCUCCAGGUAGCAAUAACAUGGUAGCAUGGGUGAAGCAUAGUGGAACUAUGCUUCCAUCACCAAUGCACUAAUAUUGGAUCAAGAGCAUCUUGCAGAAUACACCCACAAUAAAGCACCCAUUUAGAAGGGUCCUGAGUUAGCUGAGUCACCACCAUCAUGUUUGGUCGAUCCAUCAGGCAUGUGCAAGAAACAUGGCAGAAGUGACCAAUCUGAUUUAGGGAAGAGGGAAAGUUCUGCCACACCCCAUGCAGUUGCCUUCAACUCUCUCUGUUUCAUUCUCAGUGCUGUUUUUAUAGAAAAAGAGAGGCUGGAACUCCCCAUGAAUGCCUUCCUUGUUCUCUUCUACAGUGGUACCUCUAGUUAAGAACUUAAUUCAUUCCGGAGGUCCGUUCUUAACCUGAAACCGUUCUUAACCUGAGGUACAACUUUAGCUAAUGGGGCCUCCAGCUGUCGCCGUGCCACCAGCGCACGAUUUCUGUUCUCAUCCUGAGGUAAAGUUCUUAACCCGAGGUACUACUUCCGGGUUAGCAGAGUCUGUAACCCGAAGUGUCUGCAACCUGAGGUAUUUGUAACCCAAGGUACCACUGUAAUGGCAAUGGAGCCCACUUGAGAGGUGCGGAAUUCCAUUCAACUCCGGCUGAACAAAGCCCUGCUCCCACUUAAUACAAUGCAGUUAAUAUUUUAGAACUCCCCACCCUGUUUCUGUGUUCAGUAUUACUAAAGAAUAUGUAUUUUUCCAGGUGUGGGAUGAAAAUCUAGCCAAGUCUGCUGAAGCAUGGGCUGCCACCUGCAUUUGGGACCAUGGCCCUUCAUACUUAAUGAGAUUCUUGGGACAAAAUCUGUCGGUACGGACUGGAAGGUGGGCAGAUGACUUGUAGCAUAUCUUCAUUCAAUGUAUUUUGGCAACAGUUACCCUGAUGCAGAAGAUUCCUGAGAACAUUGGCACAAAAGCAGCCCCUUUCACUUAGUUAAUGAGCCAGGUUCACACAUGCAAUAGGAUCCUGGCACAGAGCAUUCCUUUCCAGUGAAGUAAACAGAGAAGCCUAUUUGUGCAGGAGUACUCUGUGUACACUGGAGCACAUGGAUCAGCAAUGGGGUCUGACACAACGCAGUGACUGUUGCUAUUUUGGUAAAGAAAAUUAUUGCGAUGUGGGUCCAAGAAUACAUGAUAUACAAAUUAGGCAAAGAGAUCACUCUUUAGUUGUUGUAAAUGUAUGCAAAUGUUCACAUUUCAUUUUUUAAAAUACUGUUUUAUUGUUCACCAUUUGGAAACUUCUAAAAUUCUAAAAGGACAUAUACACAAAAAAUAAAAUAAUCACCUUCACAGCUCUGUCCAUCCAGCAAAAUCAGAAGCUAUAUAAAUAACAGAUUAUGUAUAAGUAUCAGCAACACUCUAGCAUCAAACAGAGCAUGCAUUUUCUUCAGCAUGUCCCAGGGCUUAUUCACAAAAAUAUAGGUCAGUUUUUCAAGACACCAUGAUCAUGGAAAUCGUAGUCACUCUGUAAGAGGCCAGAGCGUACCUGAGAACUUGAUCACAUGGAGGAAAUAACCACAGCCUAAUAUCUGUCUUAUGCACAUCAAUAAUGCUGAACAUUCAGAAAUGUCCCUAUCUCUCUGUGACUUCAAUCACACCUAGGUAUCGAUCUAUUCUCCAGCUGGUGAAGCCAUGGUACGAUGAAGUGAAAGACUACGCAUUUCCGUAUCCUCAGGACUGUAAUCCAAGGUGUCCGCUGAGAUGCUAUGGGCCCGUGUGCACACAUUACACCCAGGUGAUUUGAGUUCAGCUUUUCAUACAUCAAUAUCAUGCUUCAGUUCAAUGCUCGGCUCCCUAUGCUAUCUGUGUUUCUCUCCACAUUUGACUCUAACAAAUGGAUAUUAAUCUUUCUUCAGAUGGUUUGGGCCACUUCCAAUCGAAUAGGCUGUGCAAUCCACACAUGCCACAACAUGAAUGUCUGGGGGUCAGUCUGGCGAC